UGCGGCGUCGUGCCGGCAUUUGGAGAAACGCCGCGCCGCGCCAUUGAAAUUUGUCGCUUAUAAAUAAUACCCAUUCCGAGAGGUGGCACUUAUUGUGGUACGAAUUUUCAAUCGUGAAGCGCGCGGGACUUUUCCGAUUCCUUGGUUUUCGAUAUUUUUUUUGUGUGACGACAUUUUGCUUCAGUUAAAAAUUUGUGCUCCAGCUCCAGCUGAUUUCGAUUUGGAUUAUCACUUUCAGCAAACUCAACUGCUAUUUGAAAUCGGUUACAGUGUUCAACUUCAACUAGAAAUUGUGCAUUUCUAUCCGGAAGAAGAGCCACAGUGCAAAUAACUAAAAUUGGAGCCCACGGGGAAUAAGUUUCGUGCCAAUGUCCUCUCACCGUCGCAGAUCAGGCGAAUGAAAUACCGAAGCAGCUUAGGGUUGAUUGUGCAGAUCCAGUUCAGAACGUUUCUCCAAAUCAAAGAAAGUCCGCACCGGAAGCGCGGUUUCCCGGGAGAUAAAAAAACACCCUGCAAGUUGGGAAGUGGCUGGCUCUGAACUCGGCUCGACUUCCAGAAAUCAACAUCGGGAGAAAACAACUCAACCCAACUCAACAGAAGAACAAAGCGUAGUGUGAUAUUAAUUAGAAGAGGACGUCGUAAAUUUUUUCAUUGCUUCCCAAUUGGGGCCUUUCCGAAGUGACCGAAGACGCCGGACGCCGGAAAUGUAAACCACUCGCUUUCGGUGGCAAUCGAGGAGCAAUAAAAUAAUCAAAACAGACGUGAACGCAAGUGAUAAACUGAUACCAAAAAAAAAGUUAAAGAUUCUUAUGAUAGAGAAGCAAAUUAGUGUAUAGGAACAGUCGAUACUUAAUAGAGGGAAGAACUUUACAUUAUUUAGGUCAAAUUUAAAUUGAAAGCUCCUAAAUCGGAUUAAUUGAAGGCAAUAAGUCACCAUGAUCAAAGUCGCGAUUUUAGUGGGACUCGUUGUGGUUAGUUUGGUGGCAGCUGAGGAGCAUCGUGCUACCGAAAAUGGUGAUGAAUGGCCGGAAUGCGGAAGUGAAGAAAAUCUGCACGAGGGAGAAUUUACUCCCUACGACUACUCGGCGGUUGGAAUCAUGUUGGUGGUGUCACUCGGAAUUGGUGUUUUCUACGGCUAUCUGGUGAAACCGAAGAAAGAAGAUGUCGAUCCGGAAUCGAACGACUUCCUGCUCGGCUCGGGCAUGACCAUUUUCCCGGUAACACUGAGUCUCACCACCAGCUUCAUCACGGCCAUUGAACUGCUAGGCAAUCCGUCAGAAAUGUUCUUCAGCGGCACUCAGUAUUCGCUGAUUGUAUUUUCCGCCCUGCUGGUGAUUCCUGUGGCCGUAAAGUUGUUCUACCCGCUGUACUACAAGAUGAACCUGACCAGCUGCUACGAAUAUCUGGGAGCCCGAUUCGACAACAAACUUCGAAUCUUCGGAGGCGUGCUCUACAUCCUACAGAUGUCGUUCUACACUUCGGUCGCCGUCCUGGCCCCGGCAAUUGCCCUCUCAAAGGCAACAGGUCUGAACACGCACGUGGCCGUCGUCCUGAUCUACACGGUGUGCGUUUUCUACUCGUCGCAGGGGGGCAUGAAGGCGGUCGUAAUUGCAGACACCUUCCAGGCGUGCGUUCUUCUGAUUUCCAUGAUACUGGUCGUGGCCCUCGGUUGGCAUUAUACCGCAAAUCCUGCUGAAGUAUUCAGGAUCGCUGAUGAAUAUGGGCGCAUCGAGCUGGGCAACACUAGCCCCAAUCCGACAACCCGUCACAGCGUUUUUUCCGUGAUUAUCGGAGGCUUUUUCUACUGGACGUCCCUGUUCUGCACCAAUCAGGCCUCGGUUCAAAAGUGCAUGUCCCUGAAGUCGCUCAAAAAAGCAAAAGUGGCAGUUUGUUUGGCCAUUCUCGGACUGAUAGUGGUGUUUCUGUUCAAUUUCUACACCGGCCUAAUGACGUUUGCCCACUACGCCGAAUGCGAUCCGCUUCGAUCGGGCCAGAUUACCGAAAAGGAUCAGCUAGUGCCGUUCUACGUGAUGGACGUUUUUGGGCACAUCAAGUUUAUGACCGGGAUUUUCGUGGCCGGAAUCUUCGCUGCCAGUUUGGGAACUGUUGCUGCUGCCCUGAACUCGAUGUCGGCCGUCACGUGCGAGGAUCUUCUGGUCACGGGCCUGGGCUGGAAGAUUCCACCGGAGCGGGGAGCCUUCUACGCCAAGUGGAUGUCGUUGGGUUACGGAUUGCUGUCUUUCGCAUUGGUCUUCGUGGUGGAACGUCUCGGUGGCAUUUUACAGGCUACCCUCACCUUGAACGGGCUGAUCGGAGGAGUGACGUUGGGUCUAUUCUCACUUGGGAUGUUCUUCCGGCCAGCCAACAGUAAGGGAGCUUUGUACGGUGGCAUCCUCUCGUUGGCACUUGUCAUCUUCAUCGGAAUUAUGGCACAAAUCAACGGUGAACCGGUCGUUCCGUUGCCAUCUUCCCUGGAUGGUUGUAACUGCACUCAGAACCAGGAACAGCAGCAGCAGCAAAUACACUACGAUAGCUAUUCAUCCGUGGUCCUGUCAUCGAUUCUGGGCGGACAUGACGAUGUCGAUGGAACUGGAAGGACGAUUCUGACCCGCUUCGAUGGUCCCGUCAGUAUGGCCCUGGUGGCCGCCGGUAGCUUGUCAACUGCUACUUCUGGUGAUCUAGGACUUCCGGCGGCGAGUGGCAGUGCUGCUUCCAUGAUGCAAAUUAUGUCCCGAUCAGCUGAAGAUGAAUCCCCUCUGGCGUCGGUUUAUCGCAUCAGCUACAUGUGGUACUCGUUCCUGGGCAUGAUCCUAACUGUUCUGUUCGGAUUGAUCAUCUCUCUGCUGACAGGUGGCCUAUCCUGUAGCAAGAAGCAGAUGACCCUCGAUCAUCAUUCGCCAAGAAGAUCCACUGAAGGAGGUGCCACCAAUCUGGGCUUCUGCCAUUCCGACGAACGAAAGCUGUCUGAUCACGGAAAUGGGGGAUUGCCACAAAAAUCAAUUACAACCGACGAUACGAAUUAUUGUGGCAGCACGGGUAAGAAUAGCAUCAAAAUUCGUGCCGGGGCUCCCAUGAUGAUGAUGAUGAAAACAAACGUUUCGGUUGAUGAGAAAGGCAGCAAGAAGGAGAAGGCCCCCCAUCGGAAGAGUGGAUCCGGCAAUGGUAACAUAUUUGCAACCAACGAUGGAUAUCAGAUGGACGAGAAUCAAGCUAGGACCUCUGUUGGGCCCGAUAGCUUGACGAUGAAACUCGAACGGGAAAGAUUUUAAUUAUCGAGUGCUUCUUUUUAUUUUUUUCCAUCAAUGAAAUUCGUUACAUUCGUUUCACCAUCUGAAGGAACGAAAGUUUAUUUUACUACCUAACACCCAAUCGACCUCGAUAGCCCUUCCUUUUACCCCCAAAGAUAGGCAAUAAGAUUCAAUUUGUAAUUUCAUUGCAAAGCAAAAUUGAAAACAAAUCAUGUUAAUACAAACGAUCCAUUCCGAGCACGUUAGCCUCGUAUCCGGAUCCGGAGAGCAUAUUUUCGAUUCAAAUGAAGAGUAAUCCUAUCAAAAACCAAUCAGACAUUCCAAUAAUAAGUCGAGAGAGCAUGUUGUGAUUUAGCAGCAAGUUGAAAGAAGCAGCAAAGUGAGAUGAGCCACUCGAUCGAUCGAUGGCUGAUGUCAAUCGACACCGAUAAGAUACCCAUCUGAUGAGCUGAAGCAAUAAAAAAAAGAGAAGAUCCACAAAUUCAAUUGAAUCCAUUUUCAAUAUAGGAUAAGUUGUUGAGUUGAUUAGUUUUUAAUUUGUUGAAACUAGUAGAGCUCGUUACAGGAAAUUGGAGUCAGAGCAAAGACGACUCGUGUUACGAUAGGGAUAUUAUAGAUGCUUACAGAAGCAGAAUGCAUUAAAAGAUGAAUAGCAGUAUUUUUUCCACAAAUAGACAUGAUACUCCAAAUGCACAGGUGAUCAAUAUACAAACAUAUCUUUAAA